CUCAGCAAAUGCUAACCUUGCGAAUGCAUCGAUCAGUUCCACUUUAUAAUUACAGGGAGAAAAAUGGCUGCAACAAUAUUGACAUUUUUGGCAAUAACUGGAAAGUUUUGUGAUGCAAAUAUGUGCGGUACAAUAGAGCAAUACUCCUAUGUGACUCAUGGCAUUAAUGAGUUCCUUCAAACGAAUUGUCAACAAUCUUCUGCUAUACAGAUUUUACGAGCUGGCGCCAAAUGUGAUAGCAUACCAUUUCUAUUGGAAAUAGAAUUUAUUCGUCACCAGCCAGUUUGCUAUAUAAAAUCAGACAAAUAUCCAAAUCUAGAGCGACCGGAGUUAACUGAAGAAAAGAAGUUAAAUGAUGAAGGCGGUGAAGUUCUUAUAUUACUGUUUAUAUUUUUCGUUAUAUAUGCAGUUUGUGAUGAAUCUAGCAGACGGUAGUGUAUGGUAUACUAACCACGAUCCGCAAGGACGGGGAUCUCUUACAUUUUGAAAAUAUAUUCCAUACACAUGUAAAUAUGUAUUUCUCAUAUUGUAAAAUACAUUUUCAAUACAAAACCAA